AUGAAAGGUACUGCCAAUCCUCAAAAGGUCAAAGAUGAAGCAAUUGACUCUGAUCUAGAUGACGAUGAAAUAGUCCAAGAUUGGUCCGAAGUUGCCAAAUUGGCCCAUACCAAUAAUGCAGCUGCGUUGAUACCCAAGAGAGGUGAAAAGGAUUAUGAACCUGAUGGUACUGAUAUUCAAAAAUUAUUACUCCAUCAAGCACAAAAAGCAAUGUUUGAUACUUUAUCUCAUUCCAUCGCUGGUUCCGUUUUAAAGUCAUUGGUGAAAGCAUAUUACAUUCCUGACAAUCACAAUGCAUUAUUACCACAUCCAAAGGGUAAUUUUAUGCAGACUAUGGGUCGUAUGAAUUCAAAUGGUCAAUUUACACUAUCGUUCCAUGAAUUCGUCUAUUUGGCUGAAAGAGGUACAGUUUCGCCAUAUAUCUUAGUACCGAAUUCUGAUGGUUCAAAAAAAUUAGAAAUUCCACUAAGUAUCCAAGAUUUAUAUGCUCUGUUCAAAUCCCAACAAGACCUUGAUAAAUUUGCCAUAUAUGCCCAAUUGAAAAGAUUAGGAUUCAUUGUCAUGGAAACAAAAGAUAACUCAUAUGAUAAAUCAUCAAUAUAUCCGCCUACUUUAUCACAUAAUAAAAUACUGAGGUUCAACUCCACCUAUCAAAGCAUAAUUGCACCUUUUAAAAUAUGGCGUACCUCAUUGUUUAACCAUCUUGUUUAUAAUUCAUUGGGCUUAUUAACAUCGAAAUACACCACAUCACCACAAAUAUACGAAACUUUGAACAAAUUAGUACCAUAUACGAAAGCUCCCAAGACUCUUGAAGAAUUAAGAAUAUCGCGUUUUAAUGUAUUACAAUCUACCACUACAAAUAACACAAAUUUAUUAUCCUUAACAUUCAACGUAUGGAAACCUCAAACGAAUUUCAAAAAAAAGAGCCCCGGUUUACCAGAUUACCAAGUCGCAGUUUAUAAUAAGAAUGAUAAUAAUGUAAAAUUCCCCACAUAUAAAGAUUUUCAAAACAUCUUUAAUAAUCUAGAUUACAAAUUUGAAUUCUUAAAUUAUUCUCGACAGGAUGAAAUUAGUUGGGAGGAUGUUUCCUUCACAAAUGGGGUUCCAACAAAUACAUAUCUGUCUAACUUGAAGUCAAAAGCGCAACAGAAAAAAUCAAGUGAUAAUGAUAAUAAUACGAAGAAGAAGAAGAAAAGAGCAUUGAAGACAUUCCCUCCACAUGUUCAACAAUUGAGAAGAUUGAAAGCUGGUUAUAGAAGUUUCUUGCUCGCGAUUAUGGACGAUGGUAUUAUUAGUUUUGUUAAGAUUGCUGAAGAGGACUUCGGUAGUGAGAAUGUUUGGUACGUUCCAACGGCGACAACUAAUAAUAUCAAUUCAAGGGCAUCAAACAAAAUAAAAAACAAUAAUCAUGGUAAUGGUGAUAGGAAAACUCGAACUACUAUUGUAGAGAAAAGUAAGAUAUGA